AUGGCCGACGCUAAGAGCACUUCGCCCGCUCCGCGCGAGAAGCUGGAAGCUCAGGUCAAGAGCGCCGACAUGACCGAGGACAUGCAGCAGGAAUCCAUUGAAGUCGCUCAGGAAGCCAUGGCCAAGUUCACUAUUGAGAAGGACAUUGCCCAGCACAUCAAGCGAACCUUCGAUGAGCGCAAGGGACCUACAUGGCACUGCAUUGUUGGCCGCAACUUUGGCAGCUUCGUGACCCACGAAACUAAGCAUUUCAUCUACUUCUACCUCGGCCACUGCGCGAUCCUUCUCUUCAAGACCCAAUAG